GCUCCAAUAUUGUAUAUGUGUAACAUUUAUUAGACUACAUGCCUGUCAGCAAUUUAAAGCUACGCUAUAAACCACUAUAAUUGCCAUUACUUGGUCUUCGCGAGGUGUUAUUCGGACACAAGAUCUGCUCGCCACGGUUCUCCGAUGAAAGCACAUGUUUAACUUUUCAGCUUCUAGAGAUACAGUAUACAUUUGUUAAAUCGGUCAUCUAACAAAGUUAAUUAAUUAACCAUUUGCAGUUCAGUAUGGAGGCCAGACCAAGAAAGAAGUCGUUUACGCCUAACGUUAGAGACGCGAAGAAACCAUCGUUCAAGCCAAAGGGUAAACCAGGAGGAAAACCUCAGGGCAAGCGGCCAUUCAAACCUCACAGCACAGACAAAGGAAAGACUUUUAAAAAAUCAGGUGGAGAUGGAGGACCACGGAAAUUCAGCAGAAAACCAGCAGAUGGAAAGUUCGCAAAGAAGAGAAAACACCCAGGAGGCAAAGAGGACGGAGGCUCUGAAGGGAAGAAACCUAAAUGGGGUGAAUUCAAACAAAAAAAGAAAGAGUUGAAGCAGAAUCGCCAGCAGAAUGAGAAAAAGGAGAGUUACCAGAUUGUCAGCAGAGCAAAGCAAGUGUGGGAAAUUGUAAGACGGUAAGCGUUUGUUUAUUGCAUGUG